AUGACCGAACCCCUCAAACUCCUACCUGGCUUCUUGUCCUGCGUGCGAAUUUGUCGGGGCCUUUCACGCCUUCUAGAAUCUUUCCCACAAGCAACCAUCUCCCUCAUCUGGUGUCCCUCAAAUUCAGGUCUACCGGGAACAGUCCUAGCUGACGCGGCGGCGAAAGCCGCCACUGAACUCCCACAGAUAAUCGAUUGCCCACCCUGCACGACGACGUUCAAGAAGAAGAUCAAAGACAAAUUAGUGGACGCGGCCAACAUCGCCCCGACAAACCAGGCGCUCACCCGCAUGAUGGGAGUCUUUGACCCAGGAGGAACGUUCAAGGCUCUCUGCAAGCUUAGUUGUCCCGCCGCCACCUUCAUCACUCAACUCCGAGCGGGGCAUUGCCCCUUGAAUGACUACCUGUUCCGCUUCACAAAAGCGGAUACACCCAACUGCGCCUUGUGUACUCAGCGGGAAUCUGUCGAGCAUUUCCUCCUCACCUGUAGGAAGUUCGCAGGUAUCCGUCGAGACCUGUCGAAAGCAGCGCGGGCCAACAAGACUCCUUUUCACCAAAAAGACCUACUAACCACUCCCUCCGCUUUCGAGGCCCUCUCGGUAUUUUGUCGUAUGUCCUUUAGGUUCCAUCGAUCUAGGUACAAAUCCAUCGCUCCGCCACAACAAAUCAUGCAAUCCUCAGUCCCUCGACCCAAACCAAACCGCCGCCGCCCCAAGACUGCGCCUUGCAGGCGCCAAACCACUAACCGGACAGCUACCAGGCCAACACCCGCGAGGCCACCUCCCAGACUCGCUACUCCGCCUCUCCCGGACGACGACGAAUCGCGGAGCCAUAACUUUUUCGCACUUCCAUCACUCCUGUAA